AUGAAAUUGACCUUGCAAAUCGUGAUCUCUUUUAUCCUACUUUUCCGUGCUACCCUAGCUGCACCCUUUACGCAGCGCCCACCUAGGCUCAUUCUUCCUCGAGACGCCGUGAAUAUUGCGCUUGACGAACGCACUAAUGAGUUCAUCGCUUUUAAGAGGGAUUGGACCUUUCUAGGAAGGUACCCAGCUUACAUGGAAAACCGGCACCCAGUCAAGCGUACAUCCUCGUCCACAUGUACGAACCUUACAGUGGCCGACGCCCAGACGUUGCCAGGCUGGAGUAAAAUCGAGGAUUAUGCUGACACGAACUGGGGAAAAGGUUCCCGCAAUAUAGUGACCAAUCCUGCAGAUUAUCCUGCCAGUCCGGCUUUCGUUUGCACCAAUGGACCGGUCGAUAUAACCUUUAGCGGACAACCGACAUGCCAAACCCACAACACCACUCUCGGUGGGGAGCUUACCGGGACUGACGGUUCAGUUUCUAUUUCUGUGUCACAAGGCUUCAACACAUCCUCCUCAUUUACAAUUAGCACGACAUCAUCGAUUGGUGUUUCUAGCACACUGGGGGUCGAUCUCAGUUUACCGGAAGGGCCAGGUAUCUCUGCCUCUGUCACGAUGUCUACGGAAGUUACCAACUCACAAACUCAAAGCUUCCAGGCAUCGUACAGCGAUUUGAGUACGAUCCAACUUACUAUGAACUCUCCUCAGGGUAAGACCUGCAACGCCAUUACUUCUGUCAAGUCAUGUACUCUCCAAGCAACCGGCAAGCUUCAAUACCUCGCUUCGGGUUAUAUCUGGUUCAAUUACGAUGACUCAACAAAUGGACACUACAAAUGGGCAGCGCAGAUAGAAUCCAUCUUGACAGACGAAAAUGAUCGAUCUAGUUUUGCAGAUUUUGCUGGACCGGUCGCUGCGGACACAACAGUUAGUUACAAAGGAAGUUGUCAGUAG